AUGUCUAUAUUCAAGGGAACAACUGAAGAAAUUGCUGCCUGCCUUGCUGAGGCCACAAUCUGUUCUGGUGCUAACUGCCUUGUGCCAACCAAUAACUUUCAUGCAAAACUGCUGCUAGCGCUGAACAUCACCUUCACCAUCAUGCAGGCUAUUGUCAUGUGUGCCAUGGGCUGCUCUGUGGAUGUCCAAAACCUUUGGGGGCAUCUGAAGAGACCUUGGAGCAUAGUUACUGGAUUCCUCUGCCAAUUUGGCAUUAUGCCUUUUACCGCCUUUGCUUUAUCAAUUGCCUUUAAUGUGCUGCCUGUUCAGGCCAUUGUCAUCGUUAUCCUCGGUUGCUGUCCUGGAGGCGUCACCUCCAAUAUUAUCUGCAGUUUUCUCGAUGGAGACAUGGACCUAAGUAUCGGUAUGACAGCCUGUUCCACCACCCUGUCCUUGGGAAUGAUGCCACUAUGUCUCUUCAUAUACACCUCCCUCUGGACUUCUUCAGACACCAUCCAAAUCCCAUAUGACAUAAUUGGUACCACCCUUACGGCCUUCCUUGUCCCAGUCUCUGUCGGAAUAUAUGUUAAACAUAGAUGGCCCCACUUGGCUAAAAAGAUCCUCAAGGUUGGGUCGAUUACAGGCUUUAGUUUCAUGGUCAUCAUUUCUGUGGUUGGGAUAAUUCUUUAUCAGUCUUCCUGGAUCGUUUCCCCCUCCCUUUGGAUAAUCGGGACUAUCUUCCCCUUAAUUGGUUUUGGGAUGGGUUUCCUUUUGGCUCGCUUUGUGGGUCAACCAUGGUACAGGUGCCGAACAAUUGCUUUGGAGACUGGUUUUCAGAACAGCCAAUUGUGUAACACCAUUGUCCAGUUGUCCUUCAACCCAGAUGAACUGGAUGUCAUGUUUGCAAUCCCCAUUAUCUAUGCCAUCUUUCAGAUGGUGAUGUCUGUCCUGUUUGUGGGAGGAUACCAAGUGUAUAAAAAGUCACAUGGUCUGGGAUCAGCUGAAACAGACAUGGAAUUGCCAACAUUUGAAGAUGGCUAUUUAGAACAAGCAAAAUAG